AAAAAAAUACUUGGCUUACAAACAAUACCGAAUUGUGCAAAAUUUUCAAAAUUUGUUUACAAAAUAUUCGUGUUAUGAGUUUGCGCAAAUAAGUGUGCUGAGACUUGAGGAAAACAAACAGUGGAUCUAAAGACAAAUCAAAUUUUCAUUAAAUUAACUGUGUCAAUACUGAAAAGAAUUGUUUGCAAACAACAUGAAGAUACCAUUCCUCAGCAGCUCUGCGCCCAAAGAACUGCUUAACGAGGAAGAUAUCGGUACGUGUGGUUGUUGUUCACUUGCAGAGCCCGAACCCAUAUCAUACGCAUCGGAGUUUCGCGACUUUCUGCAAAACAAUGCGCCACUGGAUUUCGAGACGAAAAUGGCGCGUGCACGUCCAUUUAUAUUCGCUAGUUUUAUAGCGUGGCCCGCUUAUUGGCUUUAUAGAGGCAUGGAUUGGAGCAAUCGAGCGCAUCUGGAGCGCUCGCUUGUCACUUACAUCAAUCGGACCUUUCACCACGCAAAGCUCAUGCAAUUCACCAUACUCGGUGUGGGUCUCAUGUUUGCGGUGUACGAGGAGAGUCCACUACUGCUUAAGGUCAAUAAUAUGCUGCAAGGCUUCGACGAAGAGGACUACCGUGCUAAAAACACCGUUGUAGAUUGAGUUAACGGAGAGCGGACGAGAUAUUAACGAAUGAGAUUUAAGAGUUCUGGUAUAAAGGGCAACUUAAAAUAUGACAAUCUGCAGAAAAUGUCGUAUAGAAGAUGCGUUCAAUCAAAAUUAUCAAAAUUAUUUUCUUACUUAAAAACUCGUAAGAGCAAAACCACUGUAGUUUCCGGCAUUGAAGGUGGUUGUGGCAAACACU